AUGCCAUUGGUGCCAGUUGUUACAGAGAUCAUGAUUGCUCAAAUGCUUUACUUGCAAUGGAUAGAUGCAAAAGAACCUAUUUUUAUCUACAUUAAUUCGACUGGAACAAUACGCGAUGAUGGCGAAACUGCAGCAUUGGAAAUAGAAAGUUUUGUUAUUUAUGAUGCUAUGAAGCAUAUAAAGAAUGAGAUUGAGACAGUAGCUGUUGGAGCUGCAAUAGGUCAUGCCUCUCUAAUUCUUGCCGAAGAGACAAAUGGUAGACGAUUUGCAAUGGCCCAUGCUCAAACUAUUGAUCUAACAACCUCGUCUUCCAUCUACCGGCCAAACGCAAGCAAGCGAUGA